GGCUUCUCUCUGAGCUUCUGCCACAUUAUAAAAAGUUCAGAAACAUUAUAAAAACCGUAGUACUCAAAUCCAGUAGGAUUUUUAAAUCCAAAGGUUAAAGAAGAAGAAAAGGAAACAAGAAUUAAAAGAAUAUGAAUACGUAUUCUAUCUAAAUUCUAUAAAUAACAAAAUUUUGUUAAGAUUGUAAAAGGAAUCUAUUAUAACCGUAUUCCGAUAUUGCAAAUUCUGAAAAUCUAUAGUUCACGUUAUGUAUAUUGAAGAUUUUCAGUACUGACAGUGUACAUCAGAACUUGGAUUAUGCGUAUAUACUAUAUAUGUGCAGGAAAAAUAAAAAUGUCAUCAAUUGACAAUGAGAUAGAAUAAGAUGGAACAAUUUCUUUAGAUCUAAAAGUAUAAUCCAAUGAAUGCCAUAAUGCAAACAGUGCUUAUAAGUUUCUUUUUCUACUGAAUGUAACUAUUUUAUCAUAUAACCAAAAAAAAUUCAUAUAUAUAUUUAAUAAUCUGAUUCCAACGUCGGAUCCGAAUCAAACAUAAUGUUCUUGUAUUUCAGAUUUAAAUAGAAAAUAAAGACAAAUUUGUUAAAGUUUAAGUUUGUUAAGUUAAAGUUUGUUAAAGUUUAAUCGCGGAAUUCUUCUAUAUAAAUUGAUUAUUUAUUUCGAACAUUAACAACAUAAUCUAAAUAAUAAAUAAACAUUUGACACACACGCAUUUGCCUUAUGGAAUUAAAAAAUUGUGACAAUUCUUUAUGUAACGUAUAAUAUUUAUAUACUUUUUCGAAAAAAAAACGUAUGCAAAUUAUACAUUAUUUGAUUUAUUUUUAACAUUUCCUUUUUUAUGAAUAUUUGCUAUUGAUACGCUUUCUGUUUAUACUAUGGUUUUGCACGAUAUAUUUUUUUGUAAAAGAACUUAACUUAUUAUACUAAUAUGAAAUAUUAACUAAACGCCAGGUAUCAUCAAAAAAAUACUUCCUUCUUGUUUCAUAUCUGCAUUUAUUGUAAACAAGCACUUUUAUAAUAGAACAAAGCAAAUAUCACCAAAGGUUGUGCAAUAGAACAUUAUCUUAAUUUAUGAUCAAGAUAUCUGAUAACGUUAUCAGUAUCACAGAAUAAAAAUAUGACAAUAUAAAUACCAACGAACAUAAGUUCUUCCUUAAAUCUCUUUAACAAUGAACAAAAUGUGAUAGUGUCUCAACUCAAAAUAAAAAUUUAUAAUUUAAAGAAAAAGAUCAAUUGUGUGAAUAUUGAUUAGCCAUGUGCAUCUUAUUUAUUUAUCGCAAUCCAGAUGCUGAUGUUAGAUCUUAUCGAUUAAUAAUUGCAUCAAAUCGAGAUGAAAUAUAUAAACGUCCUGCAUCAUCAGCACGCUAUUGGGAAAAAAAUCCUGAAUGUUUGGGAGGUACUGAUAUGGAAAUUGGCAAGGAAGGAGGAACUUGGUUAGCUUUAUCAAUUAAAGGAAAAGCUGCUGUUAUUUUAAAUCUACAUGGAGAAGAUGUAACAGAAAAAGAAAGAUCACCAAAAAAGGGUCGUGGUCACUUGAUAAGUAAUUUUAUUACUUCUAAUGAUUCUAUAGAAUCAUACUUGAACAUGUUACACAAGGAAAAUGUUAAUGGACAACCAUACAAUCCUUAUUGUUUGGUUUUAUUAAAUUUGAACAAUGCAAACGUCCAUUAUCUGAGUAGUUGUACAAAAUCUACUGGACCUAAAAUCUGCAACAGUAAUGUUAUAGGUAUUGGAAAUAGUGGAUUAGAUUAUUCUUACAAAAAAGUAGAAGUUGGAAAGGAAGAAUUUAAACAUAUUGUACAGGAUGUAGAUAUAUCAAAACAAGAUGAUCUAAUUGAAAAGCUUAUUUAUUUCUUAAAAUCAAAAAAAAGAUAUCUACCAGAUGACGAAUUACAAAAACGAUGUCCAAUAAGAUAUGAAAAUCUUAGUUCAAUUUUUGUUUCUGGAAAAGAAUAUGGUACAAGGACACAUUCUAUAUUAUUAAUUGAUGGCUCAAACCAUGUAACAUUUGUUGAAGAAACUCUUAUGCCUGAUUUUACAUGGAAACGGCAACAAUUUCAAAAUGAAUUAAUGUGACAAUACAUAUUA